AUGUGUUUAAUUCGAAUUCGUUGAUUGUACCAUUUUGGUUUCGGAGUAACUAAAUAGAGUUUACUUAGGAGUUAAGUAGUUUAUUGAUUCAUUGUACAGUAUUAAAAAAAAUAAUUUUUAAUUUUAAUUGUAAAUCAUAUAUUUUAUAUUAUAUAUAGAAGUGUCUAAUACAUAUUUUUUUUUUAACUGUAUUGUACAAACUACAAAUUAGGGAUAUGUUGGACAUAUCUUUUAGCAAAGCAUAUUUACUGUGCUGCGCAACAUUAAUACUCAUUCGAUGGACUGAAAGUAAAAGUGUGGAGUAUGUGACUUGUGGAACUGUCGCAAAAUUAUACAAUAUCGAUCUCAAAGUAAGGUUGCAUUCGCACGAUGUCAAAUAUGGUGCAGGCAGUGGUCAGCAGUCUGUAACCGGCACCGAUUUGUCUGAAGAUAUUAAUUCACAUUGGGAAAUUAAAGCUCAAACAGGCAAACAUUGUAAAAGAGGCGAGCCUAUUAAAUGUGGAAGUAUAGUUAGAUUUACACAUCUCACUACCAAAAAGAACCUUCAUUCACAUCUAUUCAGUUCUCCUCUAUCUGGCAAUCAAGAAGUGUCUGCGUAUGGUAAUGACGGCGUAGGAGAUACUGGUGACCAUUGGUAUGCAGAUUGCAGUGGAGACUAUUGGGAAAGAGAUGAUGAUAUUCGAUUAAAACAUGUAGAUACAGGAGCGUACUUAAUGGCUUCAAGUUUAUCAUAUGGCCGGCCAAUUAAUGGACAAAAAGAAAUUGCUGCUGUAAAAAAUCCAGGACCAUUUUCGACUCAUUGGCGUGUAAAAGAAGGCAUAUUUAUCCACAAAGACGAACCUAAUGAUUUUCAUUCUGAUUACCUCCAUACAGAACUAUAAUAUUGUCCCAUUUAAGUAUUGAUAAUCAAUUAUUUUAUAAUUUUGUAAAUUUAUUAAGAACUAUAUACUGUUUAUAGUAGAAAAUAUAAAAAAAAAAAAUAACUUCCUUAAAAAUUAAUUAAAAUAAUUUAUUAAAACAAGGUUUAUUGUGGUAUA